AUGCUCGAAGCUGAUGAAGCUUAUUUCAAAGAACAUGGUCAACCAUUAUUUAGUUCUCAUAUGCUUGAUUUUUCCGAAGAAAGCAAAGAACACAAUAUUGCUGCAUGCAAGAAAUAUUUAACACGUAUGGCUCCAAUGAAAAUCUGGCUUGAAAUGGAAAUAGGUAUAACCGGUGGAGAAGAAGAUGGAGUUGAUAAUACAGGUGUUGAUAAUGCAUCACUUUAUACUCAACCAGAAGAUAUAUGGGAUAUUCAUCGAGAACUUUCAUCUAUUGCUCCUCAUUUUUCAAUUGCUGCUGCUUUUGGUAAUGUUCAUGGUGUUUAUAAACCGGGAAAUGUUCGACUUCAUCCCGAAUUACUUGCUAAACAUCAAUCAUAUGGUAAAGGAAAAUUAAACACAAAUGAUGUUCAUCCAGUGUUUCUUGUUUUUCAUGGUGGUUCAGGUUCAACAAAAGAUGAAAUAAAAACAGCUGUUCAAAAUGGUGUUGUUAAAAUGAAUAUUGAUACAGAUACACAAUAUGCUUAUUGGGAAGGUGUACUUAAAUAUUAUAAAAAAAAUGAAGCUAAACUUCAAGGUGUACUUGAUGCUGAAGAUAAACCAAAUAAAAAAUAUUAUGAUCCAAGAGUUUGGUUACGUGAAGCAGAAUUAUCAAUGAAAAAACGAGUACAAGAAGCAUUCAAUGAUUUAGGUAGUGCUAAUACAUUAUGA